AAGGCAACAAACAUAAUCAACAAUUUGUUCAAUAUUACCGUUCUUAACCAUUUGAUUAAGAUUAUGGCGAAGUGGUUUCUCACCCUUUUCUUGGUUCUUGCCCUAGCCACAGCAUUUGCUUCUGGUGCAAGAAACAUCCCAGGAGGAGGACUCACUGACCAGAAGAACUACCUAGGAUACGGUGGCGGGUAUUCCGGCAUCGGAGACAAUGGUUUACCUUUCGCUGGCGUCGGUGGAGGUGUGUCCGGUCCCGGUGGUAAUGUUGGUUUUGGUGGACUUGGUGGUGCUGCUGGAGGAUUAGGCGGUGGCUUGGGAAACGGAAUAGGCGGUGGAUUAGGCGGUGGUAUUGGUGCCGGAGCUGGUGGAGGAAGUACCGGAGGAGUUCAUUUCCCUUGAGUUGAUACUUUUGGAUUAAUAUUUCGCACGGUUCUUGAGCAAGGUCUAGUAGUUUAAGAUGAUUUCAGAGCAACAAUAAUAAUCAUGUCUUUGUAAGGUUUGGAAUUUUCAUUAGCUGUUUAACGUGCGUCUUAAGUUACUGUGGUGUCCCUAAGAAUCAGACUCGUGUCUUUGUCGUGUCAUGGCUUGGUCCAUUUUCAAAUUCUAUUUUGACUAUUGAGUGCUUCACUUAAUGAGUUAAUGUCAACAUCUAUGAUUACUUUUGAUUAUAAAC